CACACAAACACACACAUAACUUUACCGUAGCAACCACGGCGCUCACAAAGCGCUGCGUCGACCCUCCAGAGAAGACUAGUCCUCCUCCUAGCGCGGGGAAAUGAAGAGGAGGCUACAUAAGAAAUACUUGGUUCUUAUCCUGGCAUAUUCAGGGUUACUUUUGCUAAUACCGUACGUGUUAGAUUACCGGGAUAAAUCCGUGCAGCAUGCGAAACACGGGCUCAGGCAGCAGCAGCUCAGAUGUCCAGAUCUGGAGAACACAGUGGCGCUGCUUUGGGAUAAUAACGGGUACAAAGUGAACGGCAGUGACCCCGCGGAGAUCGCAGUCAACAGGAGCCAGUCUCGGAUACACAUCUACCUGCAUGCCACAUGGAGAACCGGCUCCUCGUUCCUGGGGGAGUUGUUCAACCAGCACCCCGACGUGUUUUACCUGUACGAGCCCAUGUGGCACAUAUGGCAGGCUCUGUACCCGGGGGACGCAGGCAGCCUCCAGGGCGCCGUGCGGGACAUGAUGAAUGCGCUCUUCCGCUGCGACUUCUCCGUCCUCAAACUUUACGCAGGGACGCAGAACAUCACCACGUCGUUCAUUUUCGGCUGGAAGAUGAACAAGGUGAUAUGCUCGGAGCCGCUGUGUGAAGCGCACAAGCGGCACGAAAUUGGUCUGGUAAGGGAGGACCAGUGCGCCAAGUGCCAGAAGCGGGACAUCAGGGAUCUGGAGAGGGAGUGUAAAAAGUACCCGGUAAUGGUGAUCAAAGGAGUCCGCGUUUUGGACCUGAGCACGCUGGUUCCUCUCAUGAGAGACCCGGCGAUAAACCUCCAGGUCAUCCAGCUCUUCAGGGACCCACGGGCUGUGCACAACUCCCGCUUGAAGUCCAAGCAGGCCCUGGUGAAGGAGAGCAUUCAGGUCCUGAGGAGUAAAAAGCAGGCUGAUAAGUACAAGCGUUUGCUGGUGCCGAGCAACAAGGGGAACCGGGCUGAGAGCUACGUCUCCAGCGCCAUGGAGCUCAUCUGUGACAACUGGCUCAGUGACAUGAUGCUGGUGAUGAACUCGCCUCCCUGGCUGAGGAGGAACUACCUCCGCAUCCGCUACGAGGACCUGGUCCUGCAUCCCAUGGAGGAGCUCCAGAGGCUCUACCGCUUCUCCAACCUCUCCUCCUUCCCCGCGUUGGAGAAGUUUGCGCUGAACAUGACGCACGGGCAGGGCUAUUCAUCGGACAGGCCGUUUCUGAUAUCAUCCAGGGAUGCAAAAGAGGCAAUAUACGCCUGGAGGGAGAGACUCAAUGUGGAGCAGAUCAACCAGGUGGAGGCUUACUGCAGUGAAGUCAUGAGGCAGCUGGGCUAUGAGAAGAACAACAUAGAAAAGACAACAUGAAGAUGUGCCCUGAGGAAUAUGAAAACAGGGGCCUGGUAUUGGACACUGAGGGCAGAAGGUGGAAUAACUAAACAAGCAGCAGGAAUGUUGUCCACCGGGGAGCUCACAAGCCUCGGCUCAUGGGUCGUUUUCCUUCAGCCGAGCCAGGUCGAUGAACUGGAGAAAAAACUUAAGUGGAAAGCGCAGCAGCCAAUCACAGGAGCAUGAAUUUGAAACGGGGAGAAGGCAGCUUAUUUGUGUAGUGUUUAACUCCAGCAGAGUCUGUGCUGAUAGAAAGUAGGUGGGAGAGAAGACGUCAACAGGCAGAGUGAGAUGAGGCUGGUUUGUGUUGCCGUUCCACUGGCCUGCCUCUAUCCCUCUGUCCUUUUAGUAGCACUAAUCCCCUCUACAAAUCCUCUGCAGGCCAGGCCACAAAAAGCACCGGGAUGGGUCUUUCUUGGGAGGUGGCUGCCAUCCCGGGUGGCAGCUUCAGGUUCACUCUCACCUGCGUUACUUAUCCGUCCAGACUCUGACUAAGCACGGCAUUACUGACACCUAACCGCAGCUGGCUCACUAACAAUGCCAAUGUCAAGUUUGGGAAGAAGAAAGUACAGUAUUUUUCCGAAAAAGGAGGCCCAACUGAGGAACCGUUGUUCCUCCUCCGGCCUCUCAGGAAUCUGGACAGCUGCAGCGCCCCACUGACAAAACACUCACAGGGCUGUGAAAUGUUCUAAUAUCUCAAGGACGUGUCUUGGAGGGGCUGCCUCUGCCCUGCCAACAAACUUUAUAGAUAGUUCUCACACAACCGACUGUACUCAUUUCUGUUUUUUUUUUUAUUGUACUGAAUUUUUAUAGUUUUUAUCUAAAAUAUUGUUAAAUGCUGCGAUAUCCCUCUGGUUGCUGAAGGGAUACGACGUUAAGCAGCAUCCAUGUGUUCAACUUUAGAAGUUGGUUCGGUAUUUAAUGUUCUGGUUGGACAACCCUGAAGAAGGAAGACGUUCUCUUGUCAAAGAAAGUCAUAACUUUUAAGACUAUUUAAACUGACUUCAAUAAAGAGUAAGUAAAAACUA